AUGACGACCGACCAAGUCCCUUCUACAUUCACAAGCGCACAGCAGGUGUUUGAGGGAGCAUCCAAUGAGUUCCUUGCCAGCCUGACGGAAGAUGGCAAGAAGCUCUUUGUACCGUUCAGCAGCUGCAACGAGAUGAUCCAUAGCCUGCAAGACCGAUGCAAUAGCAGUCCUCUUGCCAAGGGACGUUUAUUGCAAUGCUGCAAGGCCGUUCGACGGGCGUCAGCGAAUCUGGAGCCUUACUUUGAAGUCAUCAAUAUCUUUUGCCAGACCAAUCCGGAGUACACCUGCUUUGCAUGGGGCGCCAUCCGAGUUGUUUUUCUUCUUAGUUCGAACUAUGUCACAUUCUUCGAGAAGCUCACGCAACUACUGUCGAGUUUCCUUGGAGUCUUGGACAGAGAAGGCGAAUAUGUUGAGAAGCUCUUGCAGUUAUCCAAGAUGAGCAGUCCUGACUCACGCGCGAGAUUGUUGAUGCAUCUUGCUCUUGUUUACAAGGAUAUCAUUCAGUUCUGCUUCGAGGCCUGCAAAGUCUUCCGGCGAGAUCGUGGCUUGUCACAGGUUCGCGUGCUAGCACGACUCUGCUGGAAGCCUUUUGACACGCGUUUCUCUGAUAUCCUCGCCGAGUUUCGUCAACAUGAACGUCAAUUUAUGAGACAACUGAAGGUUACUCACAGACUUCUAAGCGUCAAGCAUUUAGAAAAGGAGCUGCGAGCUACUGACGAGCAGAACGCUGCUACCGAUUUCAACGAUCCGACGGAGGACAAGAAGGCCUGGCACAUCGAACAUGCAAAUCAGCAGAAGCGUGAGCGGGCUUUCUUUUCCGACCGCUAG